UCAUACACCGAAUCUCUUCCACUUAUUCCACGCGACCGCUCUCUCUCUCUCUCUGGAAAGAUCUCUUUCUUGCUCUGAAAGCCAAAACAAGUGAGAAAUCGCCCGAGAAAAUCUUCGAUCAUGAGCUGCAAUGGUUGCCGAGUUCUGCGGAAAGGCUGCAGCGAGAACUGCAUCUUGCGCCCGUGUCUUCAGUGGAUCGAGACGGCCGAAGCUCAGGGUCACGCUACCGUCUUCGUCGCCAAGUUUUUCGGCCGCGCCGGUCUCAUGUCCUUCAUCUCCGCCGUGCCGGAAUCUCAACGACCUGCUCUGUUUCAGUCAUUGCUCUACGAAGCUUGUGGAAGAACUGUGAAUCCGGUGAACGGCGCCGUCGGAUUGAUGUGGACGGGGAAUUGGAAUCUCUGUCAAACGGCUGUUGAGACGGUACUCCGCGGCGGUUCUUUGCGGCCGAUCCCAGAGCUUCUCAUACGCGGCGGCGGUUUCGGAGGAUUACCGUCGCCUACUUCCGACGAAGCGUCCGAGAUCUGCACGGAGAUGUUGGAUCUCCAUAAAUACGGCGCUGGAGACCGGAAUGAUUACCAUCACUGCCGAUUCUCGAGCUCUAGAUCCAGAUCGACAGCAUCUCCUCCCAAACGGAAGCGUUUGGAGACGGAGCAACCGUCGUCGCGGCUCAAUCUCUCUCUCGUUCCUAACCUUCCGCCGUGCAAGGAGGGUAUACGGCGACCGGAAACACCGUCGAUGAAUUCGGAGGAAUCUGUCAUGACGUCGUCUUAUUGUGGAAACGCGGCGGGUGAGCGGUGCGGACACGGCGGCGGAGAAACGACGAAGUUGCUCAACCUUUUUGUUUGAACGACGUCGUUUUUUGAGAAAAAAAUCUUGGUUAAUACUUGGGAUGCAAAACAUGAAACACGAGUGAACCUUUUUUUUUUCUUUUUUUGUUUGUUUGUAAAUUAGGGACGAGUUACGCAAUUUUUCUAUGGUUUUGCGAUAUUAAACCGGUGAUUUAACGAGAGAAACACUGAUCAUUCGUCGGUGAUCAUUUCUUCGUAAAUAUCAUUACCCUUUUCAUCUCAAA